AUGCCAUAUGUAAAUCCCUCACGAGGGAAACGCCCCGAUACUGAUCACCCAAGGUUCGUAACGAAUCCACAACCCGUUUCAAGAUCGUCUGAACCCUCAUUGUCACCCCCACCUGACCUCUCAUCUGAGGCCUAUCGAGACCUCUGGGAGACCUUCAACGGCGAUUGGAUGGUCCCUCAACCUCAUGGCGGUGACCAUGAUUUUGGUGUCUUGGUAAAUGGAGAGCUCAAUGAAGACACAGCCGAAGGGGUGACCACUAGUAACAAUGACAUCGGCUCACACACUACUGAGACGAUGAGUUUCGCAAGGGCGUGGAGGGCUGGCGGAAGGCAUCAUACCCGCCAGCGCUUCCGAAGUGUCCCAUGUAACCAAGACGAAACAGGGGUAUCGUUUGCACACAAUCGGUCAACCGGUACAUAUGAGCUUUACCUCACGCUGCCCUCUUCCCUAGGAUUGGGGUCAUCUAGAACUCUUGUGCUUGCCUCCGUAGCUGAUCCCCAUCAGGUGGAUGAAGAAAGGUGGUUCAGCGGUGCGACUGAGCUAUUACCUGGAAUCGAUAUUGACCUUGAGGAAGGAAGUAGACUGGAAAGUUUACUUGCGAGAGGUUUGAGAAGGUUUUGGGGAUAUAUCAAUUCAGUAGGAAACGCCUAG